AUGUCAAUCAAACUCAACGAACUUGUUGACUCAUUAAUCCAAUCAGCACCUCCAGCUGAAUUAAAACAGGUAUCACAAUCAUUAUCCUCAUUAACUAAAGGGACAUCAACAUCGUCAACCAAUUCAUUGAUUCAAGAUAGUAUUGAACAAUAUGCUCAAGAUAAUAUAAUUAGCAUUGAUAAUAUUAUUAUUUCAAAAUACAGCAAGGAUGAAAAUUCUUCCAAAUAUAUUGAUUAUGUUAAUAACAAAUUAUUCAAUGUUGAUUGGCUGAAUCAAAAGAUCAUUGAUGUUGAACCUUAUCAUAACAACAGCAACGGCAACAGUUAUAAUGAAUUAAUUCAAAAAUUGACGCAAUAUGGUGAUGAUUAUUAUCCAUCAAAUUUUGCAUUUACAGUUAUCCCUGAAAAUCAAGAUCAAUUGAGAGUGAUUAUUAUAGGGCAACGAGCCAAUCAUGACAAUUUUUAUACAGGACAAUGGAAAUCAAAUUAUUUGAUUACUGAACAAGAGAUUAAAGGUAAUAUUGAUUUAGAUAUUCAUUAUUUUGAAGAUGGUAAUGUCAGAUUGAAAUUCAAUGAGUCUAUCAACAGUAAUAAUAGUUCAACAUUACAAAGUGGUAACUUGAUUAAUGAUUCAUCUAAAAUUGUCAACUUUAUUAAUGAGCAAGAGAACGCCACUAUGGUUAAAAUUGUUGAACAAUUUAAUAAUUUGAAUCAAAAAACAUUCAAGAAUUUACGAAGAUUAUUACCAGUUACCAGAUCAAAAAUUAAUUGGGGGUCAGCUAUUGGUAACUAUAGAUUAGGUAGUGAUGUAGUCAAUAAAAAGUGA